AGUAUUUUAAGUAUGACCUUAGAUGUUUUAGACUCCUCUUGUGCUUGCUAGAGUUAUUUUGAGAAAUGGCAGUGACUUGAGGUCAAAACAGACCUUCCACUUUCCUUGAUGAGUCUGUACUGGUCUCCAGCCCUGCUCUGCAGUGACAUAUAAAGAGCAGUGUGAUCUUUAGUUCUGAGCUUCUCUUUUUGCUUUACUUUUAUGGCUUCCUGCUAUAAUGAUGUGGAAGUCUUCAGACUACCUGCUAUGAGGUUUCCAUUAUACCAAGUCAGAAGAUGACUUGGGUGACUAGGGUGAGGUGGGAUGGUGAAGUUGGGAGCAUAUCCAAGCGUCUGCAUUGUCGAGAGGUUAUGCUUGAACUACCUCAGAGGCAUUUUCUGGGCUUAAGGUAGGAAAAAGACAGCAAGGUGUGUGUAAUAUGUCCCUAUCUGUUUGCUUUCUCUUUCUCUGUGUGUAUAUGUUCAUGUAGGUUUGUGUACAUGUGAAUGCAUGUGGAUGACGUGUGUGCACAGAGGCAGAGGUUGACGCCCAGUGCCUUCCUCGAUUCUUCUCCAACUUAAUAUUUGAGACAGGGUCUUUGAGGGCACCCAGAGCUCAUCGAUGUGGCCAGGCUGGCUGAGCUGCAAACUCCAGUUGUAUGCAUUUGCCCUGCAUUCACAGCGCUGGGGUUGCAGACACGCACCCCCUUUAUUGGCUUUGUAUGUAGGUGGUGGGGGAUGAAGUGAGGUUCUCAUGCUUGUGCCAUGGGUACUUCACAAGCUGCACCACCUCCACAGCCCUGUUUGGGUUCAGAAUAUAGCAUGUCAUGUAUCGGUGUAAACCUCCCAGUGCAGUGCCCAAACACAACUGAUGCCUGAGACACAUUUGUUGACUUGAUUUGAGCUUUCAGGAAUAAUCAGUCAAAAACAAAACGUGAUAUUAUGAAAAACAAGUAAGUUAUCUCACAGUCUCAUGUGGGGAUCUAGGGAACAACUAGGCAUCUUUGUGGUAGGAUGUUUCUAGAAAAUCUAGUAGGGACUGUUGAGGCUUUUUGAAGCAAUUAAAAGGAAAAAAGAGCUUCAUGUAUUAUGGUGAUGUGAAGAUCUUUAGAGUACAUGCUGGGUAGUUUCUAUUACGCCUUGUCCAAGGUAGUGAGGUGGGAUGGAGGGAUAGUUGGUCUACCUGGCUUUUUAUCUGGAAAAGAAAUUACUGAGAGUUGCUAUUUUUUCCAUAAAAGAGGUUAGAGAAUAAAAAACAGGUGUGGUAUCAAAAUCACAGUGCAGUUUGGAAGCCUACGUGAACAUUCAAACAAACAGAAUUGUGUGAUGAGGUUUCUUGUGGCUGACUUUCUUUGCUUAGAGUAUUUUUGAUUUUGUGUAUAGCACAGCAUACAUGUGUACUUUAUUUCUUUUUGUUGUUAACAAUUUCUAUUGUGUAGAUGUACUGUCAUGCCUGUUGUUUAUUCAUUCAUCAACUGAUGGACCUUUAGGUUAUUUCCAGUCUAGUCUUAGGAAUAUGCAACUGACCACACCUGGGUACAUCUUUGUAUGGAUUUUCCUCUUGUCUGAAUGCCUAGGAGUGAAAUUUCUGGGCUGUAGGAUAGUUUUAUGUUUCACUUUACUUUUGGGAAACUGAUCGUUGUUUUCCAAAGCAGUUCCCUCAUCUUCCAUAGUUAACAGCUGUGCCUGGGUUACUCUUUCUCCAGAUCGCCUUCUACAUUUACUGGGCUCAUUGAUUAACUGUAGUCAUUCUGGUGGGUGUAGUAUUAACAUGAAUGCUCCUAAGUGCAGUAAUGGGUAACAUUUCCCUGUACUGGAGAGCCAUUUGUCUAUUAUUCUUAUACUGUCUAGUAACGUUUUUCAUUUAUUUUUGGUUCUGCUGUUUGAUACUGCUUGGUUACAAGUUGCGUUGACUAGUCUGUGCCAACUUGACACAAACUAUAGUUUUCUGAAAGGAGGGAACCUCAAUUGAGAAAUGGCUCAGGAAGAUCUGGCUGUAAGGUAUUUUUUAAUUAGUGAUUAUGGAUUGCAGGCUGGGUGUAUGGUCUUGGGUUCUUAUAAAGAAGCAGGUUGAGCAACUCCUUCAUGGCUUUGCAUCAGUUCUUGCCUGGGGUUCCAACUCUGUUUGAGGUCCUGUUCUGGCUUCCUUCAGUGAUAGACUACUCUGUGGAAGUAUAAGCCAAAUAAACCCUUCCUUCCCAACUUGCUUUUGGUCUUGCUGUUUUGUCAUAGCGAUAGAAACCCUAACUAAGACAAGUUGGCACCAGGAUUGUGGAGUAUUGCUGUGACAGACCUGACCAGACAAGGUCAAGGUGAUACCUCACACUGGCAGCAGAACUCGGUGAGAGUUACCCAGGUGGUACUGGUUUGAUGGCAUGAAGGGGUCAUGGAGAGCAGUGAGGAUUGGCACUGUGAGAGGCCAUUAAUGAAGGUGCAAGCUCAGUGGCAGUUGAAGGCCCAGGACUAAAAGGGUCAUGCAGAGAAGCUGUCUCUUUAAAAUAUCCAGUCUCUGUAAAAUUCCAAAGUCAAUAUCUCUCUCAAGUUUAAAGUCUCUGUGGGAUCCUAAGUAUUCAAAAAUAGAUUAAAUACUUUCUUACCUCAAGAGGAAAGAACCCUGGCACAGUUACAGUUUGAAUAAAAGAAAACCAAACUUCAGCCGUUUAAAUAACUCACUAUGCAGCAUCUGGGAUUCACAACCUUGUGGGCUCCUCCGAAGAGCGUGGGUCAUUUUCUUAGCUCCACUCUCUGCAGCACACACAGACUGUCUUCUAGGCUCCAACUGGCUCCACUGCACUGUUGUUGAUGUUCUUGGUAGUCAUCCUGUGAAACUGGCUUCUCCAAAACUGCUGGGUCGCUUGUUGCAAAAGGAUUCUUGUGGAAGAUGGAACUCUGUCCGUUUUCCAGAAUGUGUAUUGAAGCCCAUCAGUGGAACCUGACCCUACAGUGCUGUAUCAAAAUGCCCGAUGAGGACCCACAUUUCUGCCUGAACCUACCAUCCUCCUAGAACCAUGGUUGUCUCAGCAGUGUUGACUGCAUCCCAUUCUGGGACAUUCAAUACGACAUUUGUAAUCUAUGAAAACUCCCAUGUGAAUACUACAGUCCCUCUACCAUUUCAGCCUCCUGGCACUGGCCCGUUGCUUAGAUACAGUCUUGAAACCAUGACUAGCACUGGAUUUAGUUCCUUGGCAGCAAACAGCACAGCUGUAACCCCAACACCCACAGUUGUCAGGAGCCUAAACUUAGCUGUCCAGAUCAUCCUCUCGGCUAUAAUGAUAUUUAUUCUGUUUGUGUCUUUUCUUGGAAAUUUGGUUGUUUGCCUCAUGGUUUACCAAAAAGCUGCUAUGCGUUCUGCGAUUAACAUUCUUCUUGCCAGCCUGGCUUUUGCAGACAUGCUGCUUGCAGUGCUGAACAUGCCCUUUGCCUUGGUAACUAUUCUUACCACCAGAUGGAUAUUUGGGAAAUUCUUCUGCAGGUUGUCUGCCAUGUUCUUCUGGUUGUUUGUGAUAGAGGGAGUGGCCAUCCUGCUCAUCAUCAGCAUCGACAGGUUCCUGAUCAUAGUUCAGAGGCAAGAUAAGCUAAAUCCUUACAGGGCUAAGGUCCUCAUCGCAGUCUCUUGGGCAAUGGCUUUUUCCAUAGCUUUUCCUUUGGCUGUGGGAAAUCCUGAUCUGCAGAUGCCUUCUCGGGCCCCACAGUGUGUGUUUGGGUAUACAACCAAUUCCGGAUACCAGGCUUAUGUGAUUUUGAUUUCUCUCAUUUCUUUCUUUAUACCUUUCCUGGUGAUACUGUAUUCAUUCAUGGGCAUCCUCAAUACCCUUCGGCACAACGCCUUGAGGAUUCAUAGCUACCCGGAAGGGAUAUGUCUCAGCCAGGCCAGCAAACUUGGUCUCAUGAGUCUACAGAGACCCUUCCAGAUGAGCAUCGACAUGGGCUUUAAAACACGUGCCUUCACCACCAUUUUGAUCCUCUUCGCGGUUUUCGUUGUCUGCUGGGCCCCGUUCACCACGUACAGCCUCGUGGCUGCCUUCAGCGAGCGCUUCUACUCCCAGCACAACUUCUUUGAGAUCAGCACCUGGCUGCUGUGGCUCUGCUACCUCAAGUCUGCACUGAACCCGCUGAUAUACUACUGGAGGAUUAAGAAGUUUCAUGAUGCCUGCUUGGACAUGAUGCCCAAGUCCUUCAAGUUCUUGCCACGGCUUCCCGGGCACACGAGGCGACGGAUACGCCCCAGUGCUGUCUAUGUGUGUGGGGAACAUCGGACGGUGUUGUGAAUACUGUGACUCUGAGACAUUUGUAGUGACUAUGGUUCUUUAUUGACUGAAAUUUUUUCAUAUGGCUUCUAAACUUUUUUUUUUAUAAUGUGUGUGUGUUUGUAAGUGUGAGUGUAUAAAAGGAAUGCUAAGUACUUUGAUCCUGAAGUCAAGAAUAUACUCUAAGUGAGUGGUAUAUAUGUUUACCUCUAGGUUAAGAAAACUUUAAGAUGUGUGUGUAUGUGUGUGGAGGGGGAGCGAUUUUUGUUAGUUUAAUUGACUGGUUUUAUUUUUGUAGCAUGAAUCAGAAUUGUGCUUCAUUGAACCUGCCAAUAACUUGAAUUGUCGGUGGUUUUUAUGCUGCUGAUGUAAGCUUGGUUGAGUUAAUCCAUUCCUCUCCUUUCCUAUAAGACACUGCUGCUCAUUGCCAUCAUAUUGGAGUCAAAUCCCUAUGCAUCUCUGUUGAUAGACACUUAGCUUUAUUUAAAAGCAAAACGCAAGGGGGCUAGUGACAAUGAAAAUGUUGUUACAAUUUACUGCGGUGCACUUUAAAAAGACAAUGUUGCAGAUUAAUUCAGUUGUGUUUAUUAGAAUCUUUUUAUACAUGACAUGUGCUUUGGGGGACAUGUGCUUAUGAUUUCUACUUAGUUUUUAUUAAAAGUGCUUUAGCUGCAUGCUCAGUUUUAAAGGGAACAUAAACACAUAGGGAAUUUUCUAAGCACAGCAAUGAACUUUCAGAGCAGGGAAACUUUGAGGAGGCGUGGCAAAUUUCAGGGAGGAGCAGAAUGAGGGUGGCUGGUCCAGCUUGUGGCCAUCCUGCGCAUUCAAACACCCUCCCCAAGUUUGGAGAGAAGGACCACCUGCGGUAGCGCUGUAAGCAGGGCCCUGUGCACUGCUUUUUUGUGUGGUAGGCAUCACUUGUUUCUUUUCUAAGAGUGAAGAAAAAUAAGUUUUAGAUGGACAGAAAUUCUGCCUAGAUUUGGGUAGAGCUGCGCUCCAAACAUCUGAAAUGCAGACUCAGCUGUUCCAUUGUGCCGCAUAGAUUCCUCACACUUCAAACCUGUCAUAGUCAAGGAGAAUGUCACAUAAUCUUUUUAUUUCUUCUCUGUCCUCCCACCCCUUCUUCUCCUUUUUGGGAAGGGGUUGCAUGAAGCUCAAGCAAGCCUUGAAGUUUCUGUGUCUGAGAAAGACUUGGAGUUUCUAAAGGAAACAAAUGACACAUCCACCCUUUCAAAUGGAACUCAAAAAUCUGAAGAUAAAUAUAAAUUUGAAAAUAAGAUGAUUUCUUUUGAUCUAUAAAACAAGCAGCCGACAGGUACUGAUGCUCAGUACAGCUGCUGUGUGUGGCUCUUAGCCUGGCAGCUGUGGGAGUUUCCAACACUCUAGGCUGUGCUCUGACAAUCAGACUAUCAGACUGGCCUUUUAGCGCUUUCCUUAGCAGAACUGAAGGUGUGAGCUCAGGCAUUUGUCUUCCACAGAGAAGGGAAGAUAGACCCUGAUCUGAGCUUAGACUGGCUGUAAGAGCCCAUGCUUUGGAUUUCUCCUUAUUUUUCUUUAGUUGUCUGGUGUCCUGGUGCAUCGAGAACUUUGGUCAGAUUCUCUCUGUUGCCUGUGGCUCAUGUAGUAAAGAGCCAGCAGAUGAAAGACAAAAGGGCUGAAAGGGUGGCUUUCUGACUGCAUUCUGAGCUAAGGCAGUGUCUUAAUGCAGAUGUAUAGUACCUUUUUAGAAUUUUACUUUUUUGUGAGCCAUCAGGAAGAACAAGUCUGUGUUUCUUCAGUUUUAAAAACCCAAGUUAGAGUGCAAGAAUUGCUGAGGUCUAACCCAACCCUGAGUUGUUUGUUUGUUUGUUUCCUUGUAUGCAAGUAUAAUUGGAAGAGCCCAGCCAAUGUCAUGACUAUUGUCUGGUCUCCAGUAUUACUUUACAUUCAUUAGCUCUUCCUUUCUUUUUUUUAAAUUUUAUUUAAUUUUAUUAAUUACAGUUUAUUCACUUUGUAUCCCAGCUGCAGCUCCCUUCCCUAUCCCCUCCCAAUCCCACCCUCCCUCCCUCUUCUUCUCCUAUGCCCCUCCUCCAGUCCAAUGAUAGGGGAGAUCCUCCUCCCCUUCCAUCUGACCCUAACCUAUCAGGUCUCAUCAGGACUGGCUUCAUUGUCUUCCUUUGUGGACUGAUAAGGCUGCACCCCCCUUCAGGGGGAGGUGAUCAAAGAGCCAGGAAUUGUAAUGCUGGAAAUUUGUUGACAGCACCAAAGACCUGGGAAAUCCUGCUCUUGAAGCAAUUUGAGGCAAUUUCAGUGCUGUUGGACCUCACCUUCUGCCUAAAGAGCUUUACACUACUCGCCAUAUUAUGUUGAGUUCAUUGCAUAUGAUAGCCACCUACCUCUUUAAUUUUUAGUUUAUAUUUAUUAAAGGUAAGUACAUCUUUGUCCGUUGGCAUCAUAUAGGACUUAAACACUGUAUUAGAUCUUAGCAGCACAUUGAAAUGCAUUUUACUUUCCAUUGUCAAUAUGAAUUGGAUUUCAAGCAGAUAUUAAUACGGAUGUUAAAAAUUUAACUUUCAAGAAGGACAGCGCUGUGAAUAUUGAUUCAUACUGGUAGCUUUUGAGACUCCCCAUGUGACUGUAGUUGAACUGAGUUUCAUGCUCUGUAUACUGUGUAGUUGGAGGUACUUUCUCCUGUUCACAGGCAGCUACACUUGGUGAGGACUCGGUAAAGACUGCUGAGCCAGCCUGCGCAUCCAUGCAGAAGGCCACAUUGAACUGCAGCUUGCCUUACACUGGAUAACCUGCUCAGAUAACAGUUUACAGAUCACUCUAAAUAUUUUUACUGUAUAUACAUUUUGAAAGCUUUAGGAAAAAAUAUUAUGGUGCACCGUCAAGGAAUUUAGGCACAAAAUUUAAUGCCGCCUAUUAUUCCAUGUUUUCUUGAUGGGAAAAUAACCACUACUAGCCACUGCUGACUGACAGAAUCAGAAGUUAUUUAUUUUUCCUACUAGCUAAUAUGAUUCAUGGAAGAUAUGAGAAAAUAUUUCUUGUAAAAAGAAAGAGUAAAGAGACAUUUCAAAUAGUUGGCAGUAGUGGUAUUUAAACUUUAAUGUGUGUUUGAUUCUCCCCAGGGAAGCCUAGUAAUACAAACUUGUGGGCCUCUGGGUCGAUGGUUAGACACAGUAAUGUUCAUUUUCAUUCUAUUGAGUGUGUUGCCUGAUUCUGGUUCAGAUGGUCCCUGGAGCACAGUUCCAAGAAACAGUCCUGUAGAAAAUCAGAAUAUCAUUUAAAUGCCAUCUGUUUUAUCUUAAAGUAGUUGUGGUUGGAAACCAGUGGUGAUCUACAAUGAAAGGGUGUCUGGGAGGUCUGUGCCCAUCCAGUUGCCAUGUGUGCUGGUGAGGAUUUGGCCAGCACCAGCUUUACUUUCUUUUUACUGUUCCCAUUACUAUGGAACCCACUUGGACACUGAGCUGCCAUGGGCUACAUCUGUGCAGGAUUCUAGGUUAUCUCCAUGUGUGGUCCUUGGUUGGAGUAUCAAUCUCAAAAGACCCCUGUGCCCAGAUAUUUUGGUCUGUUGCUCUCCUUGUGGAGCUCCUGUCCUUUCCAGAUCUUACUAUUUCCCACUUCUUUCAUAAGAUUCCCUGAAAUCUGCCCAGUGGUUGGCCAUAAGUCUCAGCAUCUGCUCUAAUACCUUGCAGGGAAGAUCUUUCAGACACCCUCUGUGACAAGCUUCUGUCCUGUUCCCUGUUUUCUCCUUCUUCUGAUGUCCAUCCUCUUUGCCUUUCUGAAUGGGGACUGAGCAUUUUAGCCAGAGUCCUCCUUCUUGAUUAGUUUCUUUAGGGGUACAGAUUUUAGUAGGUGUAUCCUAUAUUAUAUGUCUAAUAUCCACUUAUGAGUGAGCAAUGUCUGAUGAACCCUGUGGUUUCACAGUAGGGGCUCAGAGAAUGACUCAGUAAUUGUAAGUCAUGACUUCCAGAAGGCUGAUUAGUAGAGUAUUUCUUUCCUGCAGAUGUCUCUCUAGGACAUCUCUUUAUCACAUGUAAUUUCCUGAGGAGAGUGAGGGAAAUAUAAAGACUUAUCUAAUUCCUAGUUUUCUGCUUAGACCAGUUGUUCAAUUGAAGCAUGGAGUAAAAUAACCUUUUAAUCUUCAAACUUUUGUUGGUGACAAAAAUAUUUAAUUUCAUUUAUCUUUACUUUACAUGAAAAUAUGUAUGUAUAGAUCACAAAAAUUUCCACAUGCUUGCUAUUUUAUCCUGUUAGGAAUUUUAUUUGAAUUUAAGGUACUACCAGUUUCAGAUAUGUUUGCAUAACCAUAAUUUUGACAAACUGCCUUCAUCGAAGACUCUACUUUUAUAAUAAGGGAUGAAAAUAUCAAAGCACAUGUUUGUUAUUGCAAGCAAAUGUUAAUACAUUUCUUAGGUAGCCACAGGUACUUGUCAUUUGUAAUUAAAAUUAAUUUAUUUUUUAAAAUGGUACCUUGCCUUUAAUGAAUGAAAAACUUUUAAUUUGGGGUUGUAACACUUAAAUAUAAGUGUGUUCAUUUGUUAAUAUUCUUAUUACAACCAAGAAAAGAGCUACCCAUAAGAAAAUGAAUAAAUGUUUACUAU